AUGUCCAAGUCGCGCAUGCCCUUGAUCCUCGGCCUCGGUGCCGCUGGUGGUGUCGGAUACUACCUCUACAGCGCCGGCGGCAACACCAAGGCCGCCGAGAACAAGUUUGAGAGCGACCUGCACAGGGCCAAGGCCAGCGUCCGAGGCGCUCUCCCGGGCAACGCGCCCAACGCCAACGCCCACGGAGGAAAGCUCGAGGGCGUGGCCGCCGAGGCCGGUGCCACCGUCGACAAGGCCACUGCCAAGCUCGACAAGGCCUGGUCGCAGGCUGACAGCAAGAUUGGCCAGACCAAGGAAAAGACCGAGGCCUACGUCAAGGACGCCAAAGCAGAGGCCCUCAAGGCCGUCGACAAGUUUGACAAGACGGUCGAGGACGGCGCCUCCAAGGCCAAGGGCGGCCUCUCCAGCUGGUUCGGUGGCAAAUAA